AUGGCGCUCCUCCUGCCGGCGUCGCCACAGCUCUCCCGAUUGCUGCUGCUGCUGCUGCUGCCAACGAUGACGAUACCCGCAGCAAAGCAGUGCCAGGGCACCCAGCAGUGCUCGCGAAUCCCAUACGCUGCCUCCCGCGACUUUGACGUGGAGUACUCUGUUCCCAGCUUCUCUGCUGGUGGCCGGGUACAGGCCGUGGCGACCUACGAGGACCAGGACGGGAGUGCCAUUUUCGUGGCCACGCGCAACCGCCUGCACGUGCUGGGGCCGGGCCUGCAGCCAGUCCAGAGCCUGGCGACGGGCCCCGUCGGAGAUCCUGGCUGCCAGACGUGCUCAGCCUGUGGCCUGGGUCCCCAUGGCCCACCGGGCGACACAGAUACGCAGGUGCUGGUGCUGGAGCCGGCGCUUCCGGCGCUGGUCAGCUGCGGUUCAAGCCUAUGGGGCCGCUGCUUCCUGCAUGAGUUGGAGCUCAAUGAGGAGACCGUGCGCCUGGCGCCGUCAGCCUGCCUCUUCUCGGCCCACCAUAACCUGCCGGAGAACUGCCCUGACUGUGUGGCCAGCCCGCUGGGCACCCGGGUGACCGUGGUCGAGCUGGGCCAGGCUUCCUACUUCUACGUGGCGUCGUCUCUGGACGCAACGGUGGCCGCCCGCUUCAGCCCGCGCUCGGUGUCCAUCAGGCGCCUUAAGGGGGACGCCUCGGGAUUUGAACCAGGCUUUGAGGCGCUAUCAGUGCUACCCACUCACCUCGCCUCCUACCAUAUAGAAUACGUGCACAGCUUCCGCUCGGGAGCAUUUGUGUACUUUCUGACUGUGCAGCCGGCCAGCGUGGAGGCCGGGCCGGGCGCCCUGCACACGCGCCUGGCUCGACUUAGCGCCACUGAAGUAGAGCUGGGUGACUACCGCGAGCUGGUUCUCGACUGCCGUUUUGAGCCUAAACGCCGUCGCCGCGGGGCCCCCGAGGGCAGGCAACCCUACCCGGUGCUGCGCGCAGCCCACGCAGCUCCCGUGGGCGCCCAACUGGCCACGGAGCUGAGCAUCACUGAGGGCCAGGUCGUGCUAUUCGGGGUCUUUGCAGCGAGCAGGGACCGUGGUCCCAGCGAAGGCCCCAAUUCUGUCGUCUGUGCCUUCCCCAUUGACCUGCUGGAUACCCUCAUCGAGGAGGGCGUGGAACGCUGCUGCCAGCCCCCUGUCCACCCGGGCCUCCGGAGAGGCCUCGACUUCUUCCAGCUGCCGAGCUUGUGCCCCAACCCGCCUGGCCUGGUGGUCCCCAGCUCCAACAUCAGCUGCCGCCAUUUCCCUCUGCUGGUUAGCAGCAGCUUCUUGCGUGUGGACCUAUUCAACGGGCUGCUGGGAAAGGAGCAGAUCACUGCACUACAUGUGACGUGCAUGGAGAAUGUCACGGUGGCCCACAUGGGCACGGCUGAUGGACGCAUCCUGCAGGUGGAGUUGGCCAGAUCUCUCAACUACUUGCUGUAUGUGUCCAACUUCUCGCUGGACAGCAAUGGGCAGCCUGUGCAGCGGGAUGUCAGUCGCCUUGGGGAUCACCUGCUCUUUGCCUCUGGAGACCAGGUCUUCCAGGUACCCAUCCGGGGCCCUGGCUGCCGCCACUUCCUCACCUGUUGGCGUUGCCUACGGGCUCAGCGCUUCAUGGGCUGUGGCUGGUGUGGGACCAUGUGCGGACAACAGAAGGAAUGUCCCGGCUCCUGGCAACAGGAUCACUGCCCACCUGAGCUCACUGAGUUUCAUCCUCACAGUGGGCCCCUAAGGGGCAGCACGAGGCUGACCCUGUGUGGCUCCAAUUUCUACCGGAACCCUGCUGGCCUGGUGCCUACAGGCACCCAUCAGGUCACUGUGGGCCAAAGUCCCUGCCAGCUGCUGCCCAAGGACACCUCAAACUUCAGACCAGUUCCCCGGAAGGACUUUGUAGAGGAGCUUGAGUGUGAGCUGGAGCCCUUGGGUAUGCAGGCAGCUGGGCCUGCCAACAUCAGCCUCACUGUGACCAACACGAUGACAAGCAAGCACUUCCGGGUAGACGGCACCUCUGUGUUGCAAGGCUUCUCUUUCUUGGAGCCAGAGCUGACAGCCGUGCAGCCCCUGUUUGGCCCGCGGGCAGGGGGCACCCUCCUCACCCUUAAAGGUCAAGGUCUGUGCGUAGGUACCAGCCUAGCUGUGCUAGUCAAUGGGACCGAGUGCCUGCUAGAACAGGUCAGCGAGGGGCAGCUUCUAUGUGCCACACCCCCCGGGGCUGCCACGGCCAGAGUUCCCCUUCGCCUGCAGGUGGGGGGUGCUGAGGUACCUGGCCCCUGGACCUUCAACUACCAAGAAAACCCCAUUGUGCUGGGCAUCAGCCCCAACUGUGGCUACACUGGUUCCCAUGUCACCAUCCGAGGCCAGCACCUGACUUCAGCAUGGCGCCUAGUGCUAUCAUUCCACGAUGGGCUUGGGGCAGUGGAGAACAGGUGUGAGAGGCAGCUUCCGGAGCAGCAGAAGUGCUACCUCCCUGAAUACGUGGUCCGAGGCCCCCAGGAGUGGGUAACAGGGAACCUGAGUGUCCGGGGGGAUGGAGCUGCUGGCUUCACACUGCCUGGCUUUCGCUUCCUGCCCCCUCCCCAUCUGCCCAACGCUGACCUGGCCCCGCUGAAGCCUGAGGAACAUGCCAUUAAGUUCCAGUAUAUUGGGCUGGCCGCUGUGGCUGACUGCGUGAGUGUGAACGUGACCGUGGGUGGUGAGAGCUGCCAGCACAAGUUCCGGGGGGACAUGGUCAUCUGCUCCCUGCCUCCCUCCCUGGAACUUGGCAAGAAUGACGUCCGGCUGCAGGUCUGCGUGGAUAGCGUGUGUCACAUCCUGGGCAAGGUGAUGCGGCUGGGCCCAAAGAGGCUCCCACAGGGCAUACUCCUUAGUGUCCUGCUGGUCCUGCUCCUGCUUGUGGCUGUACUGGUCAUCGCUCUGGUCUUCAACUGCUGGUGGCGGCGGAGGAAGCAGCUAGGCCUUUCUUCCAACUUGGCUAACCUGGCAUCCCUGGAUCAGACCUCUGGAGACAUCCCCCUGCCUUUGCUCCGCUCAGGCUCUGACUACAGAAAUGGCCUAGCAUUCCCGGCCACUGAGGGUCUGGGCCCCACCACCCAGACCCAUGGACUCUCCUCAGAUGACAUGGAUGAGUCCUGUGUUCCACUGCUCCAGACAGAGUCCAUCCAACUCCAGGACCUAGAUCCCAAGCUCCUGGCUGAAGUCAAGGAUGUGCUGAUUCCCCAUGAGCGAGUGGUCACCCACAGUGACCAAGUCAUUGGCAAAGGCCACUUCGGAGUUGUCUACCAUGGGGAAUACACAGACCAGGCCCAGAAUCGAAUCCACUGUGCCAUCAAGUCGCUGAGUCGCAUCACAGAGGUGCAGGAGGUGGAGGCCUUUCUGCGCGAGGGGCUGCUCAUGAGUGGCCUGCACCAUCCGAACGUGCUGGCUCUCAUCGGUAUCACACUGCCACCUAACGGACUGCCCCGUGUGCUGCUGCCCUAUAUGCACCAUGGAGACCUGCGCCAGUUCAUCCGUUCACCCCAGCGGAACCCCACAGUGAAGGACCUCAUCAGCUUCGGCCUGCAGGUAGCCCAUGGCAUGGAGUAUCUGGCAGAGCAGAAAUUUGUGCACAGGGACCUGGCUGCUCGGAAUUGCAUGCUGGACGAGUCAUUCACAGUCAAGGUGGCUGACUUUGGUCUGACCCGUGGCAUCCUGGACAAGGAGUACUACAGUGUUCGACGGUACCGCCACGCUCGCCUACCUGUCAAAUGGAUGGCACUGGAGAGCCUGCAGACCUACAGGUUCACCACCAAGUCGGACGUGUGGUCGUUUGGUGUGCUUCUGUGGGAGUUGCUGACACGGGGCGCCCCACCAUACCCUCACAUCGACCCCUUUGACCUUACCGACUUCCUGGCCCAGGGCCGGCGCCUGCACCAGCCUGAGUAUUGCCCUGAUUCCCUGUACGCAGUGAUGCAGCGCUGCUGGGCUACGGAUCCAGGGGCCCGACCUACCUUCGGGGUGCUGGUGCGGGAAGUGGAGCGUGUGGCGUCCACGCUGCGCGGGAACCACUACGUGCAGUUGUCUGCAGCCUAUGUGAACGUGGGCCCCACUGCCUUGGACUGGGCAAACGCGUCCGUGGAACAGCCACUGGUCCCUCCAGCGCCUCCAGUGCAUAGGAGCGGGGGGCGGCCCCGCCCCCUCUCAGAGCCGCUGUGA